AUGAGCUCGAAGACGAUGAGCAACAUUGGUUUACAAAACAGUCCAUCCAAAGGAACAUCAUCAUCAGAAGUUCACAACGCGUCAACCACAGGUAGUGUUUCUAAAUCCAAAGGUAAGGGAGAACCACCCACUCCAACCAAAGAAAUCAGAGAAUGGAACAGAGAAGAGACUCGUCUAUUGAACUAUUUACUCAAUUAUGAUCUUACUUUGGAUACCAUCAAAUUGAAGCUACCGAACGUCAACAUCAAAGACAUCAUUGAAAAACUCAGUGCUGUAGGUGUUCCUUGGACAAGAGGUGAAUAUAUAUAUAUAGGGGAAUGCAUUUAUGAGAAGAAAUUAGCUAAUUAUCAAAUGUUACCCUUAAGAAGUGCUGAAGAUGUGGUUGAAAAGGUCAAAGUGUUGUCAUCACUUUCCAAAGGAUUGAUCGGGGUUGAAGGCUGGACCAAUGAAGAGAAAGCUACUCUUCUAUUUCAAUUACAAUUUGAUUUAACUACUAGUGGAUUGUUUGAAGAAUUUCCUGAUAAACCACUUGACGAGGUUCUUAAAUGUAUAUCAAAUUUCGAACCGGAUUGGACACCAGUUGAAAUAUUUUUCUUAAGGGUUGCCAAACAUUCACUUUACGAUAGUCAAAAAAUCUUCAAAGAAUUACCAUUAAGAUCAGAGACAGAUAUAGAGAAAAUCAUUAAUCUGCUAAAACCGAUUGAUUUGAAAGUCGACCAAAUUUUUAUUGAUUAUCUCCUCCAUAUUGGAUUCACCCGUGAUAGGCUAAGACUUGAAUUUCCAGGUAUUCCUACGAGAGAAUUGGUAUCUUUCACUUUUGAUGUUCACAAAUUAAGACUCCCUGAUACUGAAGUGAAGCUUCUACAAAAGUGUCUUAACGAUAGAAAAUCUGUUAACUAUAUCCAUUCUUUGUUACCACAUAGAAGUAUUAAAUAUCUCGAGAAUAAAAUCAUACUGAUGAAUCAAACCCAUAGACGAACCAUCUUCAAAAAUGAAGUUGACAGAUUGAUUUACGAGUCACAAUGGUUUGCUUCCGAUAGAUUUGGUACUAGAUCGGGGAGUAGAACUCAAAGUUCGAGAAGGAAGAGGGCUGUUGAAUUAGUGGAUGAAAAUUUUGUAGAACAGGAGAAGGAAAUAACUUUUGAGGAAUUCAGGGAUAAGCUUGAAAGUCAACAACAGGCUAGAGAACGUAAAAAGAGAAGAUCCGAAGAAAGAAAGAAAUUGAAGGAACAACGUAGAAUCGAAGCCUUGAAUAGACCCAAGGUAUCAAAAGUUUCUAGAGUUCCCAGAGGUGCAAUUAAUGCCAGAUUCUGGAAAUCUUUGAAGGAAGAAGCCGAUUAUUUUCAAAGUGUUACAGGUAAUCGGAAAGUCAUCACAGGCAAAGAGAAAAGACAACGAUCACAAACCACCUUCUUUGUCCCUACCCAUCAUGAAAGACAAAUGAUGAAGAGAAUUAUCAAAAAGAAAACAGCCAAAGCUGAGGCUAUGGAUUCAAGUGAUCUUGAGAAAUCUGAAGAAGAUUCCACUCUGGCAGAAACUGAAGAACACGAAGAAGGGGACGACGAAGAGGAAGAAGAGGAAGAAGAAUUGAUCAGUCCAUAUGAUCCAUUUGAUAUGAUGAUUGAUACAGAAUUACCAAUGUUCGAUAGACAGUUUUUUGUUGACGAAAUUGUAAAUGCUAAAUCUUCAAUUCCAAAAAUCGAGUUCGUUGAAGAUACAAAUGAUUUUGAUAAUUUAACAGAUCCCAGAAUCGAAAAGUGUGACACUUCUGUUACCAGUAUCAUCAUUGAAAACCAGAAGAGAUAUAAAGACUUACCAUCUUCGUUCCCCAAGAUUUUCAUUAUCAACGCAUUAGGUGAUGAAGAAUUGAAUAGCUACAACAAAAUCAGAAUCAGAACUUUGUUAUACCCUGAACGUUAUGAAAUGUUUAUUUUGGGAUUACCAAAAGGUGAAGAAUUGAAUCCAAUUGUUGAAAUUCAAAAGCUAUUCCAAAUUCAUUGUUGUUUAUAUUUUUCCCAUUCGCCUAAAAUAAAAGAGAUAGUCUAUACAGAUUAUUGUUUAAAGCUAGACAAAUCCAUUGUUGAUGAUGAUUUCAUAUCUUUUAUGGAAGUGAUUGAUAGUUGGAAUAGACUCAUGCUUAUCUUAUCUCCCAAUGACGUGCCCGAGGAAUUGUUUAAGGAAGACAUCAACCCUGAAGUUAGAGGAUAUCUUACCCCUGUCCCUGACGCUUUUAUAGAACCUGGAAAUACCGAUAUUGGAUUAAAGCCCGAAACAGAAGAAGAUACAGAGAAGUGGGCUGAAAUUUUGAAGCUUGAUGUUUUCUACAAAGAGAUUGUCUUCUUCACUCCCCCAGAAAACUCGCCUUUCCCUGAUACUCCCACUUCAGUUAAUCUGAAUUUUAGUUUAUUAUCGCAAACUCCAGAACCUGAAAACGAAGUACAUGAUGGCAAAGAGCCUUCAUUAACACCCAAGGAGAUACCUGCUUUGAAUGUUGGGGAAAAUCCAAUGUUUCCAGCUACUGACUUACAAGAUCUAGAGAAAGAACUGAUUGGUGAAUUUUCACGUCCCAAGGUUUAUAGAGACAAGUUCUUUGAGUGUUUAAAAUCCAAGAAUACCAUUUCAAGAUAUUGUAUGCAACAAUUUUUAGUCAGGGUUUAUUCACGAGUAGUGUCAACUAGAUCGUCUAAACUUAGAAAGUACAAGGCAUUCACGGCGGAAGUUUAUGGUGAAUUGUUACCGUCGUUCAUGAGUGAGGUUUUGACCAAGAUCAUGUUCAAACCAGGUCAAAGAUUUUAUGAUUUAGGUUCAGGGGUAGGGAAUACCACUUUCCAAGCGGCAUUAGAGUUUGGGGCUGGAUUUAGUGGAGGUUGUGAAUUGAUGGAACAUGCAUCUUAUUUGACAGAAAUUCAAGCUAAUAUACUCCAAAAGCAAUUGAGAAGUUUCGGUAUAAAAGAGUUAAAUCUUGAGUUUGUUUUGAGUCAAAGUUUUGUCGAUAAUGAAAAAGUCAGAAACCAAAUUCUCGAUUGUGAUGUCAUAGUUGUUAACAAUUAUUUAUUCGAUAUGAAACUUAAUGUUGAAAUUGGUAAACUUUUAUAUGGGCUCAAACCAGGGGCCAAACUUAUCAGUUUGAAGAAUUUCAUCACUCCAAGAUAUAAAUCAACUGGAGAGAAAACGUUAUUUGAUUAUUUGAGUGUUGAAAGACAUGAAAUGAGUGACUUCCUCUCAGUUAGUUGGACAGCCAACAAAGUUCCUUAUUUCAUAUCGACAGUUGAAGAGGAAAUUCAACCUCAAUAUUUGUAA